CAAGAAAUGGCGACACCGGUUACAGCUAUCGAAGAUAGAGAAAUAACAGAUGAGUUUAAUGACCAUAUCCAAAUCAAUUCUAAUAAACAAAUGCGUAUGGAAUACCUUCACCCUUGGACAUUGAAAUUCAAGGAUUCAACACAAGAAACAAAAUAUUGUCAGUUACGUGAAGAUAUGUUUCGUUCAAAUAUGUUAUGCGUGUUUAUUGUUUGGGUGUUCAUUGUUCUUUGCCAAGCAAUCAUCAUUCCAAGGUGUGCUGUUUUAUUCAUAUGCUUGGGCGUUUCUACAGUACUUUUAACAGGCGGUUGCGUGCUGGUGAUGGCAGAGGAAUUUUCUACCUUACCUACAAUUCUUCAGAAAAUCUCUGCAACAUUGGUGCACCAUCGAAAUCGCCGAACUUUCUUCAUUUGUUCAGUAAUAUUUCUGAUGUCAGCCGCAAGUUCAAUCGGAUUAUUUUUAUGCCCGAUGGAAGAAAAUCAUAGUGCAAGAACCUCGACUUUGGUUCUAAACUCUUUCGUAACGAAUCGCAGUAACAACAUGGAAUUUAGAUUGAGUCCUUCUUUUUUGGGAAUCCACCAAUACAAUAGGAAUGAAAGUGAAGAUUCAAAACUACGAAAUAUUUCCAAAUACCAACAAUUCAUGUCGAAUGAGUUGAAUAACAUUCGCUCUGAAAUUUCGGAUAAGCUUGCAAAUAAGACAUCAAAAAAAGAUGAGGAAUUACAUUCAUUUCGAGAUAAUAAUGAAACAUUAACUGACUUUAAGCAGUACCUGAAUGAACAUAAAGCGCUCUGUUCACACCCUGAAUACUUAGUUUUUACGUGGGUUUUGUGUUUAAUCGCACUUGCAACUGGACUAAAACUGUAUUAUCUAGUAAAAACUUUUAUGGCAUCUAUAAUGGUCUGCUGCUACGCUAUUCUGAUUUCCAUUAUGUUUCCGGAUGUCUUUGAAAACGCAUCAACAGAGUCUGAAGACAACUCAAAGUAUGGAAUGCCGCUAACAGCAAGAAUGAAUAUUCUGCUUAUUGUCUUCCUCACGAUGGUUACAUAUCACUCAAGGUUGGUUGAAGUGACUUCACGACUAGACUUUAUUUGGAAGGAACAGGCUGAAAAAGAAUUAUCAAAUAUGAAAUCAAACAGAGUUUUAAAUGAUUUACUUAUUAAGUGGAUAUAA